AUGCUAUUUUUUAAAAAUGUUACUCAAAGAAACUUCGUACACAACAACGUACACAUAAUAAAAGCACCCAAAAUCGUCGAUCAUGUGAUCGGUCGACAGAUCGAAACGGGUCAAGCACAACAGAGUUUGAUAGGGCGUCCCGCUCGUGGGUGCGCGCACGUGGCGGCGGGCGGCAGGGCGGGGGCGGCUGGGCGCGAGGACGCCACAUCCCGUCGCGGCCCGCGCCGUCCGGCUGCGUUGCCCGUAACCUCCGAU